AUGGAGGCUCCUAUUAGACCGACCGCGGCGCACCGUCCGGCCCCUGAAACCCAGAUCAAAGACGAAUUCAGUGGGACCGAAGGAGUCUACCUUCUCCCUCAUCACCAGGAGGAGAUCAAGCGGCUGCAGCGCCAACACUUCUUCAUCAAAGCUGCCACUGACGACAAGCUGACCUCUGUCGAGCUGCCUAAAGGAGCCAGAGUGCUCGACUCUGGCUGCGCGGACGGCACAUGGCUAGCGGAUUUGGCUGGCACUGACAGGCCCGACCUGGAUCUCUACGGAGUGGACUUGGGCAAGGCGCUGUUCCGGUCGGACCCUCGACUGAAACUGCGCGAGCAUGAUGUGCGCCAGCCCUUCCCCGAAUCCUGGGGCUGGAAAAACAGUUUCGACCUGGUACACCAGCGGCUGUUGGUCUGGGGGAUUCGAGAGGACGAGUGGGCGCGGGUCCUCGCUAAUCUGGCCGAGGUCGUCCGGCCUGGUGGGGUCCUGCAGCUAGUGGAGGCGGAAUGGGUCCUAAGCUCGUAUUCUGACGAGCAGGUGCAGCAGAAGAAGCUUGCCAAGGUGCAGGAGUGGUCGACCAGUUCGUCCGGUAUGGACGUGCACAUCUGGAAAAAGUUUCCUGAUCUCCUGCUUCCCCUCGGCUUUGUGGACAUGAAGGUGGAAACGUUUGAUCUGGGCUACGGUGCAACGUCGAAGAGACCCGAGGACCGCACGUGGACCGCCGAGCUCCUCCCCCAGUCCUUCCGCCAUCUGGCUCGUAAGAUCCCUGCCGAGGGCAUUCCCGGCGUGGCCCGCACCCCCGACGAGUAUCUCGCAUGGCUGGACGAGCUGGUUGCGGAGAUGAAACAGAUCGGCUAUACGCCCAAAGUCCGGUGGCUUACGGCACGCAAGAUCUAA